AUGGCGCUGAGCGAGCCCAUCUUGCCGUCCUUCGCCACGUUCGCCAGCCCGUGCCGCGAGCGCUGCCUGCAGGAGCGCUGGCCACGCAAUGAACCCGAAGCAGGCGGCGCUGACGACGAUCUCAAUAGCGUGCUGGACUUCAUCCUGUCCAUGGGGCUGGACGGCCUGGGCGCCGAGGCCACCCCGGAGCCGCCACCACCACCGCCUCCUGCAUUCUACUACCCAGAGCCGGGUGCACCGCCACCCUACGGUGCCCCAGCGGGCGGCCUGGUGUCCGAGCUACUGCGGCCAGAGCUGGACGCACCGCCGCCGCCAGGGCCGCCGCCAGGGCCUGCGCUGCACGGCCGCUUUCUGUUGGCGCCGCCCUGCCGCCCAGUCAAGGCCGAGCCCCCCGAGGCCGACGGCAGCAACUACGGUUGCGUGCUUGGCUUGGCCCGCGGACCGCGCGGCCUCAAGCGUGAGAGCGGUCCGGGCGCUGCCUGCAUGCGGGGCCCCUCGGGCCGCCCGCCGCCCUGCGACACGCCGCCGCUCAGUCCUGAUGGCCCCUCGCGCCUGCCAGCACCUGGCCCGCGCGCCGCUUUCCCGCCGCCCUUCGGGGGUCCGGGCUUCGGAGCUGCGCCCUCGUCUGGUCUGCACUUCGCACCACCUGCCGGUGCCUUUGGCCUCUUUGAGGACGCGGCGGCUGCUGCAGCCGCCCUGGGCCUAGCACCCCCAGCCGCCCGCGGCCUGCUCACACCGCCCGCCUCGCCGCUAGAGCUGCUGGAGGCCAAGCCCAAGCGCGGCCGCCGCUCUUGGCCCCGAAAGCGCACGGCCACGCACACCUGCAGCUAUGCUGGCUGCGGCAAGACUUACACCAAGAGUUCGCACCUCAAGGCGCACCUACGCACGCACACAGGUGAGAAACCCUACCACUGCAACUGGGACGGCUGUGGCUGGAAGUUCGCGCGCUCCGACGAGCUCACGCGGCACUACCGCAAACACACAGGCCACCGGCCGUUCCAGUGCCACCUGUGUGACCGUGCCUUCUCCCGCUCUGACCACCUGGCUCUGCACAUGAAAAGACACAUGUAG